AUGGCUCAAAAAAGAAUUCAAAAAGAACUCCUCGACCUCCAGAAGGACCCCCCUGCCAAUUGCUCGGCCGGCCCCACUGAGAAUGACCAGUUCCACUGGCAGGCCACCAUCGUGGGCCCUGAUGAUAGCCCCUACGCCGGAGGAGUUUUCUUCCUCAACAUCCACUUCCCAACUGACUACCCUUUCCGUCCUCCCAAAUGCAACUUCAUCACCAAGAUCUACCACCCCAACAUCAACGCCAACGGAUCGAUCUGCCUUGACAUCCUCAAGGACCAGUGGUCUCCUGCCCUCACCAUCUCUAAGGUGCUCCUCUCCAUUUCUUCACUCCUCACUGACGCCAACCCUGACGAUCCUCUCGUCCCUGAGAUUGCUCAACUCUACAAGAGCAACCGCGCUAAGUUUGAAGCAACUGCCAAGGAAUGGACUAAAAAAUACGCUCAAUGA